GUUUUCUGAUUGGCUGAUACCGGGGUAUUCCAGUGAUCGCUGUCCUGUCGGAUAUAAAUUUCCAUAUGAAGAGGUUCUCGUACAUUUCUCCCAGAAUCUACCUGGUCAACUCUUCAUAAACAGGACAUUCGAAAGGGAGAGGAGAUGUUGAAAUCGAUCUUCUUCGCCCUGCUCGGUCUGGGGCUGGUCUGUGCCUUCCCUGCCCCAGAAGAGGAGGAGGUAGAUGGGGGCAAACACUGGGUGGUGAUCGUAGCAGGCUCCAAUGGCUGGUACAACUACAGACAUCAGGCUGAUGUGUGCCACGCUUACCAGAUUGUCCACAAGAAUGGUAUCCCAGACGAAAACAUUAUAGUUAUGAUGUAUGAUGACUUGGCACAUAAUGAAGCUAACCCUACCCCAGGGGAAAUCAUCAACAGGCCCAAUGGCACAGAUGUCUACAAGGGAGUGCCCAAAGACUACACUGGAGAGGCUGUGACACCUCAGAACUUCCUGGCCGUAUUAAAGGGUGACUCUGCAAGUGUCAAAGGAGGAUCUGGAAAAGUAUUGAAGAGUGGCCCCAACGACCAUGUGUUCAUUUACUUCACUGAUCACGGCGCUCCUGGCAUCCUGGCCUUUCCCAGUGACGAUCUUACAGUGGAGGACCUCCAAGCAGCCAUCAAGUACAUGCAUGACAACAAGAUGUACAGAAAGAUGGUAUUGUACAUUGAAGCCUGUGAGUCUGGAUCAAUGAUGACAAACCUACCCGAGGAUAUCGACGUGUAUGCAACCACUGCAGCCAAUGACCACGAGUCGUCCUAUGCCUGUUACUAUGACGAGAAAAGGGACACAUAUCUGGGCGACUGGUACAGCGUCAUCUGGAUGGAGGACUCUGACAUGGAAGACUUGACCAAAGAGACAUUGCAGAAGCAGUUCAAAAUUGUGAAGAGCCGCACAAACACCAGCCAUGUCCAGCAGUAUGGCAACAAGGUAAUAUAUAUUUUUAAAGCUUACUUAAACUUAUUAUUAUAUUACUAA